GGACUGCCUUACCUGUCUGGGAGGAGUGAGGACGUGGCAGAAUUUGAGACGCUGCCCUCCUCCUAUGCGAACAAGUACGUCAUUUCCCGUCGGAACCAGACCGAAGCUUUCGGAGAGCGGACAGGGAAGUGAGUUGAAACGAAGCCGGGAUUGAGGCGGUAAUACCAGAGUGGGGAUGUACACAAGAUGAACGUAAACCAGCAGUCACAUCUUCCCACUUCUUACAUGCAGCCCCAGCCAGGAGGUUACCAACAGCCUAAUUAUGCAGGUCAGCAAAUGCCUGGAGGCCCUCAGUAUCCUGGCUACAAUGGAUCCUUGCAGGGGUAUUCACAACAUGCUCCUACUUCACAAGGUUUUCUUUCUAGCUCAGGGUUCCCAAUAAAAGGGUCCCCUGAUUCUUUUACCUCUGGCACUUCUUCCCCUGUUACUUCUGACUAUCUAGGUCACGUUGGAGUGCCGCCAGUAUCUGCUGCACCUACAAUAGCAGGGCAGUCUCUUCCAGCUGAACAGCAGCAGUACACUCAUUAUGGCCAGGGAGACAUACAAAAUGGGCCAACGUCGGGAGCCAAUCAGAUGCAAAGACCUCCAAUGACAAUGCGAUAUAUGCAACCAGGUACAGGACCACAAGCAGCUAGUUUUCAGCCAUAUACUCCAUCCUCCACUGGUACACAGCAACAGCAACUGACCAAUCAAAUGAUGGGAAUGCACAUUGGCAACCCGGCAGCAUCAGCACAAACGUCAUCAACAACAAUUUAUGGUGGUCAGAAUCCUCUUCAGCCCAGUUCAGGAAACUUUCCUACUGCUGGAUCUGGCUUUCAACCUUCAUAUUCCAAUAGCCAAGGUCAUCCUCCAAUAAAUUUGACACAAGGAAUGCCUCCUACUAGUCUGCCUCAAAGUCAGCCUCCACAUCAGCGUUUUGCCAGUGGGCCACCUCCACAGAACCUUCCUUCUUCACAAGCUCCAGCUUUUCCCCCUCCUUCGGCUGCUCAAGUACCAAGUUAUGUCUCCUCUUCAGGGGGUCCUUUGCAGGGGCAGAUUGUACCCGCACCCCCGUUAUCUCAUCCAAACCAUGCUCCCCCUACACAAGCUCAACCACCAAUGCCUGGAGUUCCACUAAUGCCAACAAUGAGUGGUCCUCAGGGGCCACCUCCUCAUAUGCCAUCCAGUCAGGAUGGGUUUCCUCCUCAGCAGAACGGUUCAUUUGGGCAGGUCAGGGGUCCUCAGCCAGGAUAUCCUAUGACUUACCCACGUGCUCCAAACUAUGGCACCCAACCAGGACCUCAAGGACCCCCUGCACCUCCACCCGCUGCACAAAAAAAACUGGACCCGGAUUCCAUUCCCAGUCCUCAAGCUAAUGAACUGCCAAGCCAGCAGAAAACAAGGCACAGAAUAGACCCAGAUGCAAUUCCUAGUCCAAUCCAGGUCAUUGAAGAUGACAAAAACAACAGAGGCUCUGAGCCUUUUAUUACUGGGCAAAGAGGUCAAGUUCCACCACUUGUAACUACAAAUGUCUUGGUCAAAGAUCAAGGGAAUGCAAGCCCCCGCUAUAUCAGAUGUACUUCCUACAACUUUCCUGUUAGUUCGGACAUGGCAAAACAGUCCCAGGUACCUCUGGCUGCCAUUAUUAAACCUUUGGCAACUCUUCCACCAGAUGAGGUGCCUGCUUGCUUAAUUGAUCAUGGAGAGACUGGUCCCAUUCGUUGUAAUAGAUGCAAGGCCUACAUGUGCCCCUUUAUGCAGUUCAUCGAAGGUGGGAGGAGAUUUCAGUGCUGCUUUUGCAGUUGUGUUACUGAAGUGCCAGCUCAUUACUUCCAGCACUUGGAUCACACAGGCAGAAGGGUAGACUGUUAUGAGAGGCCAGAACUAUCUAUGGGUUCUUACGAGUUUACAGCAACUGUUGACUACUGUAAGAAUAACAAGAUACCCAAUCCUCCUGCGUUCAUCUUUAUGAUUGAUGUAUCAUACAAUGCUGUAAAGAGUGGCUUAGUGGCAUUAGUUUGUGAAGAACUAAAGCAACUUGUGGAUUAUUUACCACGGGAAGGCAACAUGGAAGAAUCCAUAAUCCGGGUGGGUUUUGUGACCUACAACAAAGUCCUCCACUUUUAUAAUGUGAAAAGCACUCUGGCUCAGCCACAAAUGAUGGUGGUGUCAGAUGUGUCCGAUAUGUUUGUUCCGCUGCUGGAUGGUUUUCUUGUGAACGUGAAUGAAUCUAGACCAGUUAUCACCAGCUUGUUAGAUCAGAUUCCUGAAUUAUUUGCUGACACAAGAGAAACAGAGACUGUGUUUGCCCCUGUUAUUCAAGCUGGUUUAGAAGCACUGAAGGCAGCAGAUUGUGCUGGAAAACUGUUCAUUUUUCAUACAACGCUACCUAUUGCGGAAGCCCCUGGAAAACUUAAGAACAGAGAUGAUAAAAAGCUGAUCAACACAGACAAAGAAAAGAUAUUGUUCCAACCUCAAACAAAUUUCUACAACAACUUAUCCAAGGAUUGUGUUGCCCAGGGCUGUUGUGUAGACUUAUUUCUGUUUCCUAAUCAGUUUCUGGAUGUAGCCACCCUUGGUGUAGUCCCAUUCCAAACAGGUGGUUCUGUUUACAAAUACACUUACUUCCAGCCGGAAACUGAUCAAGAACGAUUUUUAAAUGACCUGCGAAGGGAUGUACAGAAAGAAGUUGGAUUUGAUGCAGUGAUGAGAGUGAGAACUAGUACUGGCAUCCGGGCCACAGACUUCUUUGGUGCUUUUUAUAUGAGCAACACGACUGAUGUGGAAUUGGCUGGACUGGAUUGUGAUAAAACAAUAACAGUGGAAUUCAAACAUGAUGAUAAAUUGAAUGAAGAAACUGGCGCCCUUAUUCAGUGUGCUGUACUUUACACAAGCUGUGGGGGGCAGCGUAGACUUCGUGUUCACAACAUGGCUCUAAAUUGUUGUACCCAAUUAGCUGAUCUUUACCGUAAUUGCGAAACUGACAGUCUUAUCAACUACUUUGCAAAGCUGGCUUUUCGGGGAGUCCUGAGCAACCCAAUAAAGGCUGUAAGAGACACCCUGAUCAAUCAAUGUGCUCAGAUCUUAGCCUGCUAUCGCAAAAAUUGUGCAAGUCCAUCUUCUGCUGGGCAGCUUAUACUCCCAGAAUGCAUGAAACUACUUCCUGUUUACCUAAACUGCGUUCUUAAAAGUGAUGUGCUGCAACCAGGAGCUGAGGUGACCACAGACGACCGGGCUUAUAUCCGCCAGCUUGUUUCUUCCAUGGAUGUUGCAGAUUCAAAUGUGUUUUUUUAUCCUCGGCUGCUGCCCUUAUCAAAAAUGGACCCUUCCAAUGAUUGCUUACCUGUAUCCAUCCGUUCAUCAGAGGAGCGUCUUUCUAAGGGUGAAGUGUAUCUCCUAGAGAAUGGUCUGAAUUUGUUCAUAUGGGUUGGGGCAAAUAUACAACAGUCGUUGAUCCAGAACCUGUUUGAUGUAUCUUCCUUCAGUCAGAUAGACUGUAGCAUGAGUGCACUGCCAGUUCUAGAUAAUCCAAUUUCAAAUAAAAUACGGGGUAUUAUAACAAUGUUCAGAGCACAGAGGCCUCGUUAUAUGAAGCUGAUUAUUGUGAAACAGGAUGACAAGAUUGAGUUGCUCUUCAAAAACUUGUUGGUAGAAGACAAGACCAUGAAUGGAGGUGCUUCAUAUGUAGAUUUCCUAUGCCACAUGCACAAGGAAAUCCGACAACUUCUAAGUUAAAAACAAAAAGAACCAGCUGUGUGCUCUUAGACAUGUGAUAUUUCACUAACCACCUUGGUCUGUUAACUUUGCUCCUACAACCAGGACAGCGGCAGUUUAUUUUUUCCCUCUUCCACUUUACUAUCAAAAUCAAUAAACCCUUCUGUAAAAGGCCACUUUUAGAAAGAAGUGGGAAGUUAAAAACAAAGUCACAAAAGGCCAGAGGGAGUAUUUAAGGAGAUGGUGAAAACACCUAGGAAGGAGUCCAAACACCAAAAUUCACAGUGAAUGUAGUGUCUCGACUUGGAAGAAAUAAUUGUUAAAAUACACUGGUAAUUGCUAAAUAGCUUUGUCUGCCUUUCCCAAAUGAUAGCUAUGCUCGUGACGGCACAAGUGAACUAGAUGGCUAAAUGUAUAAAGAUAUCGACAGUACAUCAUUUUGAAGUUGUGCCUGGCAAUAUAAACUGUAACCCCCACCCUUACACCCAUGUUUUUGUUUUUUAAUCUGCCUGUCACAGUAUGAGAACAGCUAAUGAAGUACUCUACUGUUAUAGAAAAUUGCCAUACUGUUAAAGCUGCGCAAAGAAAGCAACAUCCUGGGCGCUGAAGGUGUAACCAAGCUUAAAAUGAUUGUUCCUAUACAAAAUGAUAUACCCCUUUUAAAGAUGGCACCUAGCAACACUUUAUUUUUCUAUAAAGAAUUAAAUCAUCCACCUUAAAUUUUCUUCUGUAUUUUGAACAUUUGUUCUUGUUGAAAACUGGUUCUGUGCUUCUUUUAAUAUUGUUGCCUAUUAGCGGUCCUCUUGUGGUACAGGCAGAGGAUCCUCUGUCUUAUAAGCAAAGUCUGAUAUGCAAUGUACUGGGAGGGCUAGUUUGUUUUGUAUUUUUUAAGCUGAAUAGCUUUUACUGUGGCUUAUCCAACUAGUUUUUGUCUGGGUUCAUGAGGCAAAUAUCUGCUUUCAACAAGAAAUUCUGAAUUUUCUGGCAAAAUCUCUACUAUUAUUUAUAACUCAAUGAAGCUACUAAAGCCUGUGUUCAUACCGGCCUACACACUCAUCUGCUGUUAAAGCAUUUAACACUCUUAAAAAGUCCAACUAAUCAGUUUUUCUUUUGUGCAGAUAGUGAAAACACCAAAUAAGGGAGUUUAUGUAGCGUUCUGUGUUCUUUAUGUUGGAAAUAGUUUAGUUUUGUUAUAGUGGUAAGUAAGACAUAGCCAAGCCGAAAGACAUCAAGCCCAAACACAGUCAUUAUAUGUUGUGAAGAAUCAGUUGAAGUGAAAAGGUGUGUGCUGUCCCUAUGUACCACGUGUCCCUGCAAAACGUCAUUUUAUUUCCGCUAUUCUUCUGUAUUUAUUAUACAUAAGCUUUGUAACCUAUUGACCUUCAGGAUAACGCGCCUCUGCAAUUUUUACAUGGCAAAGAUUACAAGCUCUGAAGAUAUUUUGGACCUGCACUCAAGACUUAAGACUUUUUCUUUUAUUUCUAUAUUUGUGUGUGUGUUUUUUUUCUUUCCUUUUGAGACUGGUAAAAAUGAAGAUUUAUGAACAAAAGUUUGACUUAUAUGCACUUGACUUUGUAAUGCGCGUAGAAAUCAUUUUAUAGGAGACCUCAUUUACAUUGUGGAGGGGUGGUAUAAUAUUUAUAUGCUCGCCUUGCAUAGCUCAUUGGAUCACAACAGAAUUUCCUUCACCUCGGAAGCAUAUGUGGCACUUUUAGAUAAUGUGGCUGUCUAGUAAACUCACUUUGUAGCAUUACAUCCUCCUAGUUUAUAUUCAAUGGCCCCUCCCUCUCCUGUGUGUCACAUUGCAGAAAGGGAAGGACAAUGAUUUCUGAGACAGUUUGUUCAACCUCAGAUUGAGAACCUUCAGUGUGAUGUGGUUUUCUGUUUAUAUUUUUUUUGCUCAUUCAGCCCCAAUGCAGAUUUCCUAACAAUUUUCAGUAUUUUCUCUCAAGCAAAGAAAACUUCACAAAACGGAGGCCUUAGCAGCCUUAUACACUAAUGCUUCGUAUUAACUGCUUUGAUCCAAACAGGGAACUGAUUAUAAAUUAUAUACAUAUUCUUUUCUUCAUUGUGUUUGUUUUCCAAGUCAUAUUUUAAUUUGUAAAGAAAUAAAUGAAAUAAAUGCA